AACGAAUUCGAUUGGUUGACACUACCCCCAUUAAAAAAAAUGAAAGGUACCACGUGCUGCCACCUGGCAAAGUAACAUGUCCAGGUGGGUUCUGUCUCACAGGUUCCUGAGCUGCCAUCUGGGUGUGUGCAAUCAGUGAAAAGCCUGAGGGACCAUAAAAAGCUCGAUGUUCUCAAUUCCAGGUCCGAGUGUCGACGAUCGCAGUACUACUACCAGAGACACCAUGUCCGAGUCUCUUGAUCACAAGCGCAAUUUUGAGGAUACGGGAUCAGCGCCAUCAGUCGUAGACGCAAGCGACCUCCCGCGGAACUCUGUUCGCCCUCCAAUCGACUAUUCUUCUCCAGCUGCUUUCACGAGCAGUUCCUGGACUAGGUGGAAAAGUUUAUGGACUAGGCGCUUCACACUCUCGUUGUUGGCUGGACAGGUGGUUUCUCUGUGCAUAACAGUGACCAAUGUCACGACGACAGAGCUGGUAUCUAGGAAUUGGGUGCUGCCGACUACACAGACAUGGUUCUUGUACUGUUCGUUAUUUCUCGUUUACACGCCGUAUACCAUAUAUAAAUAUGGUCUGAAGGGUUGGGGUCAGAUGAUAUAUAGGGAUGGGUGGAAAUAUUUCAUCCUCGCAGCCUCUGAUGUGGAGGGUAACUUCUUAGUCGUGAAGGCAUACAACUAUACCGAUUUACUAUCUUGCAUGCUUCUCGAUGCUUGGGCAAUUCCUGUUUGCCUGUUCUUUUGCUGGGUGUACAUGCGUUCGAAGUAUCAUUGGACUCAGGUGUUGGGUAUCCUAGUGUGUAUCGGAGGACUCGGCAUGCUAGUAUCUUCAGACAUGCUCACAGACAAGAACUACCCUGCAUUAAGCAAGGGAAAGGGUGACGCCUUCAUGAUCGUUGGAGCGACACUUUAUGGCUUUACCAAUGCCACAGAGGAGUUCUUUGUGAGGAGAUCGCCGCUCUAUGAGGUCGUUGGCCAGCUUGGUAUGUGGGGAACCUUGAUCAAUGGGAUCCAGGCUGCUAGUUUGGAGCAUGUGGAUAUGACUACGGCCUCGUGGAAUGGUGCUACGAUUGGCUUCCUUGCUGCUUACACAGCUGCAAUGUUUAUCCUCUACACGGUUGCUCCCCUGCUAUACCGCAUGGCGUCGUCACCUUUCUACAAUAUCAGUCUGCUCACGAGUGACUUUUAUGGUCUUCUUUUUGGCCUCUUUCUUUUCCACUAUUCGCCAUACUGGUUAUACUUCCCUGCUUUCUGCGUCGUCGUCGUCGGCCUCAUCAUCUACUUCUGGCACGCUACGCCUGAGGAGCAGGGUAAGAUCGAACCUCAAGCUCCGGCAUAUAUCCGAAGGAUGCACAUGGAUGACCAGGUUUAGCUGGAUACCUGCAGUGAUACCCUUAUGCGAAACUUUUAAACGAUUAGUGUCAACAGGGAGUGAGCGUGCAUCAUUAUAUAGUAGUUAUUUACAAUCUCAAAAUCCAAUUAAAAGGAUAAUGAGGGAGGGGUGAUGAUGUACAAAUGUACUGUACAGUUGUUUGAUUUAAACAUAUCGACGAGGUUCUUUCUUUUGCCUCUCGAGUUCUUCCUCGUAGUUUUUUCGUUCUUGUUCGCGUUGAGUCUUGUGCUGGGCGAGUUUCUGCAGGUUGAUGCUGAGAAACUGGAUCUGGGGAAUGAACAGGAGGGCGUACGGUUUUCAGUGCUUCCACGGUAGAGACGAUGGACUCUAGAGUGGUUUCAGACAUAUCGAGCAUCUUUAAGAAACAGAUA